GGAGGCAUGAUUUUUAGGCAUAAGUCAGUACUGUGGACCUUUGCUGCUGUCUUGCUGCUAGUCCAAGCCACAUGUGGCAGGCAUGUUGGGUUCUCCUUGGCCACCUCUGGCAACUGAUUUGGAGCCAUAUCUGGUUGGCAACCCUGGGACACGCAUGGCAUGUAUACAGUUCAUAUAUAAUCAUUGUUGUGCUGAUCUCAGCCAGAGGUUUUCAGAAAAUGGCCAGGCAAUAUCUGUACAAGCAUAAGGAGACAAAAGACUUGCUUCAGUGUCAGCAGGAGCUUGGGGAGGUGAGUUCCUCACUCCAGUGCCAACCAGAGCAAAAGAUAGUCCAGCCUUUACCCCAGUACCUACAAGAGCUUGAAGAGGUUAGUCCUGUGCUGCGAUAUCUGCAGCACCCUGAAGAAUUUAUUACCUUCUGUCAACAACUAUCUCAGCCAGAAGAAGAGGAUGUUACCUCAGAUCAGGAGUCUGAGGAAAUCAGUCCUGUGCUCCAGUAUCUACAGCAGGUGGAGGAGUCUGGUAGUAACUUCAUCCAAAGAGACAGCUGCCUCAUGUCUCCAUGCCUGGAAAAUGCCAACGAAGUGGAGAAUGUGACUCAGCAGGUGCCCAUGGAUUCGGCCUUCCCAUUUCCUGCCAGCACACAUGAGACCAGGAUGGCCGAUGAAACAACAGUAGUGCCUGCAUAUGGAAACAAGGAGCAGGUCACAUAUAACAUGGCUGGGGAAUGGGCCCAGGACAAAAGACUACCCUCAAAGAAUGCCAGCAGGACUUCAUGCAAGACCCCCACAAGCCCAUUGGAGAACAGAACACCUCAGCCAUCACCUUCCAUGCAGCGUUUCCAAACCAGGAACCCCAGCAAACAUACCCUCAAGUCCAAAACUCCCUCUGCAUUAUGCAUUCAUUCUGUAUCACCAAAAAUAUCUGCAAGCAGAAAGGAAAGUCUAGCUAAUGCAACUUCCAAGGGAAUAGGGAAUCACCAGAAAGGGAGGUCUGGAAAUCCCCGUCAGUCAGCCAAGCCCAGCCAAGAAGAGAUGGAAGACAGCUACACCAACACAGAUGAACUAAUGGGCAGGCAAUAUCGACCAGUAGGGACCCGAUUACUGGGAUCUCCUCGGAAGACUGGGAAGGGCACCCGUGAAGACAUGAAAGAUGCUCAGGAUGUUGCCAAAGACUCACUGGCAUCAAGUGGGCUUGAUGUUAAAGCAGAAGGAAAGCCCCUUCAGGAGAAGAAAAGCAGUUUCAUACCCAACAAUAUCAAAGCCAAGUAUGGCACCUCUGUGGUGGAAAAACUGAUCUCUGAGGAGCAGGCUCGCCGGACACUCUGUGAGGCUGGACUGAUUCAAGGGCAGAAGCGACUCAGUGACUGGACAUUUAAGCCACUAGAGAACCCGAUGGCAGCUUCACCUUAUGCUGAUUAUUACGAACUUGGUUACAACUUGAGGUCCAACAUUUUCCAAGGAGGCCCACUGGAAAGCAAGAGCUUGAUGAAGGAUUCCUAUACCCCAGAUGUGAUAAAGAGGGCAGUUCGUGACCCCAAGCACUGGCACGGAAGGAAAACAGACGAUCUAGGGAGAUGGUUCCAGAAAAAUGCCCUAAACCUUAACCUGCAAAAAGCUCUGGAGGAAAAAUAUGGGGAGAAGAACAAAGGCAACAAAUCCUAAGGACGCAUGAAAGAGGCAUGAGAGCCUUCUGUCUCUUCCUAGUGCUGGAAUAAACCUCCAUGCAGCCUCUGA